CCCUGUUCGCCGCUACCACCAUGGCCGCCGCUCCCCAGAGAUCUGUCAUUGUUAGCUUCCCCAACGAGACGCCAGACUAUAUCGUGGAGGAGGCCAAGGAGAGCAUCCGCAAGGCCAAGGGUGUCAUCACGCACGAGUACAACAUCAUCAAGGGCUUCGCAGCCCAGGCACCUGCGUCUGCCCUGGAAUUUGUUACCACGAUGGGCGAACAAUACAAGGUCGAGAUUGAGGACGACGGCAUCGUCACAACACAGGGCGAGGAGUAGCCCGCUCGGAAGACGCAUGAUGAUCAUCUUGACUUUAUUGUAUACACUUCCUCCCGGAACACGACUAUAUGGGGCACGAAAUUCACUAUUGGAUUACGGAGUUUAGAUUGGAGUAUGGAAAGGACACGGCUUGGAUACCUCGUAGCAAUCUGAUUUGUUUGCACUUCUCUGGCUCGCUCUUGAUGCCAAAGAGCACUCCAUUUGCACUACAUGAGUAGAUCGAUGCGGCAUAUGUAACUGCCCUCGAUUUAGUCUAAUAUAACGAUUUAUCUCAGAGCGCGCA